AUGCAGCGCGGGAAGGCGGUGGCGAUGGUGUUGGGGCUGGCGUUGGCUUUCGCGCUGGGGAUUUUAUCGAUCGCGCUGAGUUCGACAGCUAGUGAAGGCGUCGGCCAAGUGACACGACACUUGCGCGCGUACUGGGUAGACGAGAGCCAACAUGGACGUGCCGGCAUCGACAUGGAGGCACUGGCGCGGCGCGACCAAAAACCGAGUCCGCCCGGGGUUAUGGCGAUGGAGUCCCAGCUUGGCGCUGCUACGAGUUUCAUAGAAACCCUUUCACCCAACGAGAAACCGGACGAGAGUGACGACAGCAAGGAAAGUGUGGACCACAAGGAGGAAACCCCCCAGCGUCCAUGGGGAAGAACCUCGUGUGUGAAAACCCAGGAACAUCAGCGCUUGCGACUCGUGAUUGACGGGUAUUCGGUAUCGGCGCUGUGA